AUGAGUCUCCAACUACUCAUCGAUGAAACGGGCAACUUCACCGACCCGUCCGGAAAAGCUGUGAUUCUGCGGGGAAUCAACGUGGCAGCAGACGCCAAGCUUCCUGCAAAACCGUUCACACCGUCCCAACAAAAGGCCGGAGACGACUUCUACGACACAACAGUCUCUUUUGUGGGCUCUCCUUUCCCCCUAGAAGAAGCAGACGAACACUUUGCCCGAAUCAAGGCCUGGGGAUUCAACACCAUCAGAUACAUUUACACAUGGGAGGCGCUAGAACACGAAGGCCCCGGAGUCUACGAUGAAGAAUUCAUCGAUUACACUAUCGCCGUGCUCCGAAAGAUUGGAGAACACGGUAUGUUUGCAUUCAUGGAUCCGCACCAGGACGUGUGGUCACGUUUCACCGGCGGAUCAGGCGCUCCCCUCUGGACCCUGUAUGCUGCCGGUUUAGACCCCCGACACUGCAUGACCACCCAUUCUGCCCUGGUCCAAAACCUGUGGGACAACCCAUCCAAGUUCCCUAAGAUGAUCUGGAGCACCAACUACCAGAAGCUCGCGUGCCAGGUCAUGUUCACACUCUUCUUUGCAGGCAACCACUUUGCCCCCAAGUGCAUUAUCAACGGCGUUAACGUCCAGGACUACCUGCAGGGGUCGUUUCUGGCUGCCAAACGCCACCUCGCCGAGCGCAUUGCCGUCGACCAGCAUCUGGUGGAGAACGUGGUCAUUGGCUGGGAGUCCGUCAACGAGCCCAACCACGGGCUGAUUGGCUAUGAGAACAUCCACGCCAUUCCCGAUUCGCAAAAGCUGCGGCUUGGACCCACUCCCACCGCCUUUGAAUGCAUGCGAAUGGGAAUGGGCGAGACCGUAGAGGUGGACAACUAUGAAUUUGGACCCUUUGGAGCCACAAAGAACGGCACGGUCGUCAUCGAGCCUAAGGGAACUCUAGCAUGGCUCAAGGACUUCUCCGAGUGUGACAAGAUCUACGGAUGGACUCGAGGACCUGAAUGGCUACCUGGAAUGUGCAUCUGGGCCCAGCACGGCGUCUGGGAGCCCAAGACUGGCAAGCUGCUCAAACCCACCUACUUCAACGAUGGCCACUCGUUCCACGGCAUUGGAUCCAAGAUUGAUGAAGAAGUGUGGGUCAAUAAGUACUUUCUGGGAUACUGGCUCGCCUUCCUGGCGACAAUCCGUCAGGUCAACAAGGACUGGCUGGUUCUCAUGCAGGCCCCAGUCAUGCAAGUGCCACCGGAUCUCGUCAACCACCCCGAGUUCAACGAUAAGCGAAUCGUGUACUCGCCGCAUUACUACGACGGCCUGACGCUGAUGAACAAAAAGUGGAACCGGCUGUACAACGUCGAUGUAGUCGGUAUUCUGCGAGGCAAGUAUCCUUCCAUUGUUCUGGGUCUUCGAGUCGGCGAGUCUGCCAUUCGUAAUUGUCUGCGUGACCAGCUGCGGUUCUUGCGAAAGGAGGGUCUUGCCAAGAUUGGAAAUUUCCCGUGUCUGAUCUCCGAAAUCGGAAUCCCUUACGAUAUGGAUGACAAAUACGCAUACCGAACGGGCGACUACUCACAGCAGAUCCGAGCUCUGGAUGCCAACCAGUACGCUCUGGAAGGCUCCAAACUGCACUAUACUCUGUGGGUCUACACCGCAUCUAACAACCACAAGUGGGGCGACAACUGGAAUGGAGAGGAUCUAUCUUUGUACUCCAAGGACGAUGCUGCGAAGCAGCUCCAGAAGUACGGAGGAGCUACCCAGACUCUGACAAACGGAAGUGCCGAUGGUUCUCAGUCCUCGGAAGAAACCCCUCCUCCGACGUAUACCUCCUAUGCGUCGUAUUACCUGGAUUCGUCGUACCUCGGCAAGACGUCUAUCGGAAAGAGCAUCAAAGGCCGAGUCUCGUCCAUCAAGGGCGCUAUCCGACGUCGUAACAAGACUGCGGCUGUUCCUUUGUCCUCGCAUGGCGACGCCUUCAAGCCUCCUCCCGAGUAUGUGCUUGGAGCCCGAGCAGGAGAGGCCUUUAUUCGUCCUUGUCCCCAGGUCAUUUCCGGCAAGCUAGACUCGUAUGGCUUCGACCUGCAGAAGUCUGUGUUCACCUUGAAGAUCAAGGGAGCUGCAUGUGGAGAGAAUGACAAGUGCGAGGGCAAGUUGUUGCCCACCACCAUCUACCUGCCGCACUACCAUUUUUUGCAAUGGGCCACAGGAGUGUCCACGUCUUCAGGCAAGUGGGAGUACGACGAAAACACGCAAAUUCUCACCUGGUGGCAUUACGAGGGUCCUCAGCAGCUACAGGUCAAGGGAAAUAUUCGGUUCAUCACAGACUACAUUGACACUGCCAACAACCUGAGCAGCAGUCAAUGUCGAUCUCAGUGA